CCCCGCCGGGCGAGUACCCAGGAGCCCCGCCCCUGCCGCCGCACCGUACUUCGGGAUCCGCCGCGUCGGGAUGAGCCGCGUUCUCCCAUGGAGACCAAACGGGCUGAGAUCCCCAGCAGCGUCUUGGACGAUCUGUGCAGAGGAACCCCCCCUGAAGUAUUUGUGUGCGAGAGGGAAAGCCGAUUCAUUUUGCACAUUCCAAGUGAGGAGAGAGACAAUGCGAUCAGAGUGUGCUUUCAAAUCGAACUUGCCCAUUGGUUUUACUUGGAUUUCUACAUGCAAAACACACCAGGAUUACCUCAGUGUGGGAUAAGAGACUUCGCUAAAGCUGUCUUCAAUCACUGCCCUUUUUUACUUCCUCAAGGUGAAGAUGUACAAAAGGUUUUAGAACAGUGGAAAGAAUAUAAAAUGGGAGUGCCAACGUAUGGUGCGAUUAUUCUUGAUGAGACGCUUGAAAAUGUUCUUUUGGUUCAGGGCUAUUUAGCCAAGUCUGGAUGGGGAUUUCCAAAAGGGAAAGUAAAUAAAGAGGAGGCUCCUCAUGAUUGUGCCGCUAGAGAGGUAUUUGAAGAAACUGGGUUUGACAUAAAAGAUUGUAUCUGCAAAGAAGAUUACAUUGAGUUGCGAAUUAAUGAUCAGUUAGCACGGCUCUACAUCAUUCCAGGAGUUCCCAAGAACACAAAAUUCAACCCCAAAACUAGAAGGGAAAUUCGGAAUAUUGAGUGGUUUUCCAUCGACAAAUUACCGUGCCACAGAAAUGACAUGACCCCAAAGUCCAAGCUGGGUUUGGCACCAAACAAAUUUUUUAUGGCAAUUCCCUUCAUCAGGCCAUUGAGGGAGUGGAUUGCCCAAAGAUAUGGAGAUUCCUCAGACAGCGACCAUGGAUUUCCAUCUACAGGUAGCACACCCUCUAAGCCCAACUUGGAAAAAGCUAGAUCCAAACUUCGCUGUAGUCAGCAGAUGUUUACAGAUGGCUUUUCAGGAGAGCAGUGGGUGAAGCCGAAACAGCCACAGAAGCCAUAUAGUCAUCCUGAGAUGUCUGAAGCUUUGAAAAUAAAGAGUCAGUGCUUGAGGAGCAACGGCAGAAGGCAGUAUCAAGAUGCUUCCAGCCAAAAGAAGCGGACAAAUGGAGUCCACAGUCAACCAGUUAAGCAAAACCAUACCUUGAAAUGUGAAAAAAGGCUUAAUCCAAGAAGACUUCAAGAUAACUUUGAAACAGCAGAUGCAGCAUAUGAGAUGUGUUGCUCCAGUGAAGACCCACUGCCAGAACAUGUAGAGGGGCAUUCUGUGGCAUGCAAUGGCCAUUACAAAUUUGCUUUCUCAUCAAGAGCUUUCUUGAGUUUCAAGUUUGACCAUGAUGCCAUAAUGAAAAGUUUUGACCUCUGACAGCUAACUUAAGAGGAACAAAAAUCAGACUUGCCUGUUGCAAUUGAGGGGGUUUCUUAUCCAGCCUUACUCUUUCUCAGGAGUUUGUUUUGUUUGUUUUUAAAUGCAAUGCAGGGACUGACUGGUGGUUUGGAAGGGUUUGUUCUCUUUGCAGUAUGGGAGUGGCAUAGUCAAGUGUUGCACUUUAAAUGCAGUAUAGCCUUUGUCUACAAAGUACCUUUCCAGUGUUCAGUUCACUUGUUCCUAGCUGUGCAUUAGAGGGCAUUCUUUCUUUUUUUUAACUUGUGUGUUUUAUAGAAUGUCAUUGACUUUUUUCUUUUACCUGUUGGAGUAUACCAGCUUGCUAAACUUUUAACUGCUCUGAUGUAAAUUAAUGGACUUGUUAGUCAUUAUUGUGUAGUACAUUGCAAUAUUAUAGCAGUGGCAAUGAAACGUUCUCAGAGGACUCUGUCCUAGUGAUUUUUGAAACCAAGUUGCACAUUUCAAACCUAGCCUCAGCCUGUCAUCCUUUGUCUUGGUUGCUUGCCCAAAAUACCUUCCCUCUUUCACACAGGUAGUUUCUGUUGGCUUGCAAUCAGUAAUACUUGGAGUCAAAUCUAUUGCAUGUUGACUUCUUGUACCUAUUCUGCCUCUGUCUUCAGAAAGGAUACACAAAACAGGAAGAACUUAGCCAUUCAAAGUGUCUAGCUUCAACUCUUAUGCACUGUCCCCAGCUGGGUAAGAAGAAGUUGCAAAGUUUUGUGUUAUCCCAGUUGCAGCUGCUUUCAAAAAAGAAAAGCUUAAACUUUGUCCGUGAGAGGUUCUGUAUGAAUGUAAGUAAGCCUCUGUAGAUCUCACUGAGGAGGAAGGCAGGUGCAUACAUAAAAGAGUCAUUGUGUGACACUAAAUGGCUUAAUCAGGCUUGCAAUAACUAUUCUAAGUGUGUCCAGUAUUGUAUUUUGUGCUGUUGUCCUCAGAUCUUGUGUAGUGUGUAAUCUGUAGAUAUCCAGUAGUACUGAAUUGCACUUGCAGUUAGCAUUUAAAUGAUGUAGCCUCAGUCAUUUUCAGCUACAAUGCUUUCUUAGUAAAAAUAUCAAAGGGGAGGGGGGAGGGGAUGGGACACAAAAACCCAGUAAGAGUUGAGGUGACAAACUUAGAUCACCUUCAUGAUUCAAGUUAAGGGGUUUUGAACAUGUGCUUUACAGUUGAGAGAAAUGCACUGAAAUAAUUAGUUAUAACAGCUUGUGGUAGCAAGCAUGUUGUCCAAGAUUUAAAAAUGGACUUUUCUCUAAAAUAAAAGUAAUUGGUAACUUCAUAGGUUGAAUGAACUAUGCCCUUGUCUCAUCACAGUGUAUGCUCAUGCACUGAGCCUUUAUGCAACUCGUGUGUCAUCCAAAACCAAAAUCCUGGUCUUCCUUCAACCACCCUACUUCAUCUACCCUACCUGAUGUUACCUAGUGGUUUUCCUUAGAAACAGGAAAAGACAGCUUUAAAAACUUUCUCCUGGUUUAUUUAUCUUCCUGCUAUCAGGUGAUUUGGGAUCUAAUGCUGUAAUAAUCUUGGUGAUAGAACUCUGGUGAUAGGAUCAGUCAACAGGAAUAACAACAGACUGUAGCAUUUCCUUCUGGGGGACAAGAGUCCUGAGGGCCUUGCCUUUCAAGACCAAAUCCUGAAAUGGCUCAAUCUAGCUUUUGUCUCACUUUGUUUUAAAAAAAAAACAAAAACAAACAA